AUGACCUCCACCGCUAGAGCUUAUCCCCCUUCCCCUCAUCCUUUCCUUUCCCGUCUUCGUACACUUCUCCGACCUUCUCUCAGACUCAAAACCGCACUUUACGCAUUAUCACUCCUCAUAUUUCUCCUAGUACUCUUAGCUUUAAACGCGGCUCAUCUUUCACACACACCCACGACGAGAGAUGAAGUUUCAACCACUCCGUCUGAUGAUAGUCCGGCAAAUUCGGGGGAAGGAAAGGACGUCGCGAAGGGUAAAGACGCCCAUUUAGUAGAUCAAGAUAUUCAAAGAAGUUUUGAAGAACCUGAUUAUGCUUUGUUGAGUGGGGUUCAACCAAGUAGGAUUGGUUGUGAUGUACCUUUAGAUGAGAAAGAUGAAGAGAGAGGUGUUAUGGUGUUUUUAGGUAUAUUUUCAGCUGUUGAUAAACGUGAAAGACGAGAUUUAUAUCGAAAAGUUAUCAUUCCCGACUUCCCCCCAGAAUUAGUCACUAUAAAAUUCAUACUCGGUACGCCCGCCAUUCCAGAGAAUCCCGUAGGACCAGAAGCCAUAGCUAGAUCUGCUGCAUUACUCAGGGUGAAACAGGAGAUGAAGGAUCACAAUGAUAUGGUCAUGCUGGAUAUGAUCGACAAUAUCGACUUGGGUAAAACACAUGAAUACUUCAAAUGGGUAGCCAAAACAUAUUCCGGACCUGGUAGAGUCAAGGGUAGACCAAGAUUCAUUAUGAAAGCAGACGACGAUACGAUUUUAGUCAUGCCUAAUGUCAUCUCGGCUUUUAAGGAUCUCGAUUGUUCGAGGAACAUUUAUUGGGGUACUUCAGCUGGUAGGAGUCAAUAUUUUCAUGAGUAUUUCAGGGGUUUAGCGUAUGCCAUGAGUUGGCCUUUGGUAUCAUGGAUUGGAAACGCCGACAUGCCCCCAGCUCACACUAUAAAAAUCGAAGAUGCUCGGACUGGUCAAUGGCUACGUCACUUGGAUCCAGUCACAGAUCCAAUACAUCGAAUCGAUAUGGGCUGGACGAUGGGUGAUUGGAAUCAACUUGAUGUGACUGCAGAGACUGUUGCUUUACAUUGGUGUAAAUUAGACGAUUGGGUGAAAGAACAACAUGCUAGAUUAUUGAAAAUCUGGGAAAAUGCAGGAAGACCUUAUACACAUGAAAAUGGAAUACCUCCGAGUCAAAGUAUGGCCAAAGGUAGAUUAACACCUGAAGAAGCGGAGAAAGAACAUCAGAGACAAAUGGAUUUAGGUUGGGAUGUAGAUGGGAAUAUACCUUAG